UAUCAUGUCCUCAACAAUAAGAACAGGGGUGAUGACACUCAGGUCACUGAGAUGUUGGACAAGGUGGAAGAGAUGGUGGCAGGAAACAGAGGAGGUCACUAUGAGAUGGACAGAAAGAUCCUGGAGAAGGAAGAAGUGUGGAGAAGAUAAAAAGAAAUGCGGGCGAAACAGAGGGAGGCUAAGGUGAUGAAGCAGAGAGAGAUCCACAGAACAUUCAUCAUGAGUGGAGACAGCAGAGCUGAGACAGACUGUGAUUCUAGUUUGAUAUCUGAGGCUGGAUCACUGCUGAGACCUGAGAAGUGGGGAGGUGGUAGAUCUGAUGUCCUGUCUCUGAGGAGCUCUGGCUAUGGCUCCCAGACGUCCAGACCUUCUGGCUCUGCAGAGGAGCAGCUGCGUUGUACAAGACUGGAGUAUGUGGGGCGAGUGUCCAAGGCUGUCCUGGAUUAUCUGCUGGAUGGACUUCUGCAGGCGAGGGUGAUCAACGAUGCUGAGAGAGAUGAAGCGAAGGUGGAGACACAGAGGGCAGAGAGAGCACGGGCCACCAUCGACAUGGUCUUGAGGAAAGGAGAUGACUCAUGUUCUGUGAUGAGAUGCCUCCUGUGUGAUAUGGACCCCUACUUAUAUUCAACACUUGGCUUUAAAUAAUGCUGAAUAGGAUGAAUUUAUAGCUGUAACAAAAUGCUGCUAGGAUUGAGGCCUGCCUCACAGACAUCUCCGCCUGGAUGACCGAGCACCACCUCCAGCUGAACCUCGCCAAAACAGAACUUCUCAUCAUCCCGGCUAAACCCUCCAUCUCCCACGAUCUCUCAAUCACCCUGGGAUCUGCGA